CCGGCUGGAGGCGCCGCUGUCAUUCCUGCGCCGGAGGAGCCGGCGCUGCCGGUGCCUAGGGGUCGGGGCUCGGGGGAGCCGGGCCGCGGGGGACCCAACAGGUAGAGCCGGGGGUGCCCGGCCGCGCGCCCCCGGCGCACCAUGCAGCUCUUUGUCACCUCUCUCGCCCCCAGGCCAAAAUCCUGAGCAUGAUGGAAGACAAUAAGCAGCUCGCGCUCCGCAUCGAUGGGGCGGUCCAGUCGGCCAGCCAGGAGAUGACCAACCUGCGAGCCGAACUCACGGCCACCAACCGGAGACUGGCGGAGCUGAGCGGCGGCGGCGGCGGCGGCCCCGGCCCGGGCCCGGGAGCAGCGGCCAGCGCCUCGGCGGCGGCGGCGGCGGCGGCGGCGGCGGACUCGGCGGCGGCGAACAUGGAGAACCACCAGCACAGCGCCCAAGCACUGCUGCGGGAGGAAGUGUCCCGGCUCCAGGAGGAAGUCCACCUUCUCCGGCAGAUGAAGGAGAUGCUGAUGAAGGACCUGGAGGAGUCGCAGGGCGGCAAGUCCUCCGAGGUCCUCGCGGCCACCGAGCUCAGGGUCCAGCUGGCCCAGAAGGAACAGGAGCUAGCCAGAGCCAAAGAAGCAUUACAGGCCAUGAAAGCCGACCGAAAGCGCCUAAAGGGUGAAAAGACGGACCUGGUGAGCCAGAUGCAGCAGCUGUAUGCCACGCUGGAGAGCCGCGAGGAGCAGCUGCGCGACUUCAUCCGCAACUACGAGCAGCACCGCAAGGAGAGCGAGGACGCCGUCAAAGCCCUGGCCAAGGAGAAGGACCUGCUGGAGCGCGAGAAGUGGGAGCUGCGGCGCCAAGCCAAGGAGGCCACGGACCACGCCACGGCGCUGCGCUCCCAGCUGGACCUCAAGGAUAACCGCAUGAAGGAGCUGGAGGCGGAGCUGGCCAUGGCCAAGCAGUCCUUAGCCACGCUGACCAAGGAUGUCCCCAAGCGGCAUUCACUCGCCAUGCCGGGCGAGACGGUGCUUAAUGGCAACCAGGAGUGGGUAGUGCAGGCGGACCUCCCACUGACCGCAGCCAUCCGGCAGAGCCAGCAGACUCUCUACCACUCACACCCCCCCCACCCUGGGGACCGGCAAGCGGUCAGGGUGAGCCCCUGCCACUCCCGGCAGCCCUCCGUCAUCUCUGACGCAUCUGCCGCCGAAGGCGACCGGUCGUCCACGCCAAGCGACAUCAACUCCCCUCGACACCGGACGCACUCCCUCUGCAACGGCGACAGUCCCGGCCCGGUUCAGAAGAACCUGCACAACCCCAUUGUACAGUCACUAGAGGAUCUUGAAGACCAAAAACGGAAAAAGAAAAAAGAGAAGAUGGGAUUCGGCUCCAUCUCGCGUGUCUUCGCCAGAGGGAAGCAGCGGAAGUCCCUCGACCCCGGCCUCUUUGAUGACUCGGACAGCCAGUGCAGCCCCACGCGACAGAGCCUCAGCCUGUCGGAGGGCGAGGAGCAGACAGACCGGCUACAGCAGGUAGAGUUGGUCAGGACCACGCCCAUGUCGCACUGGAAGGCCGGCACCGUCCAGGCCUGGCUAGAGGUGGUCAUGGCCAUGCCCAUGUACGUCAAGGCCUGUGCGGAGAACGUCAAGAGUGGGAAGGUGCUGCUGAGCCUGAGUGACGAGGACCUGGAGCUGGGCCUGGGCGUGUGCAGCUCCCUGCACCGGCGCAAGCUCCGGCUGGCCAUCGAGGACUACCGCGACGCCGAGGCGGGCAGGAGCCUGUCCAAAGCCGCUGACCUGGACCAUCACUGGGUGGCCAAAGCCUGGCUGAAUGACAUCGGCCUGUCCCAGUACUCCCAGGCCUUCCAAAACCACCUGGUCGAUGGGCGGAUGCUGAACUCCCUGAUGAAGCGGGACCUGGAGAAGCACCUGAAUGUGUCCAAGAAGUUCCACCAGAUCAGCAUCCUGCUGGGAAUCGAGCUGCUGUACCAAGUGAACUUCAGCAGGGAGGCCCUCCAGGAGCGCCGGGCUCGCUGCGAGACGCAGAACAUAGACCCCGUGGUCUGGACCAACCAGCGGGUGCUCAAGUGGGUGCGAGAUAUUGACCUGAAGGAGUACGCAGACAACCUGACCAACAGUGGUGUCCAUGGCGCCGUGCUGGUGCUGGAACCCACGUUCAACGCUGAGGCCAUGGCCACGGCCCUGGGCAUCCCCAGCGGGAAGCACAUUCUCCGGAGGCACCUGGCGGAGGAGAUGAGUGCCAUCUUUCACCCGGCCAACUCCACAGGCAUCCGGGAGGCUGAGCGAUUCGGAACGCCCCCGGGGAGGGCCUCCAGCAUCACCCGGGCGGGGAAGGAGGAGAACAGCGGUGGGAUCAAGUACAAGGCUGGCCGGCUGCCCCUGGGAAAGAUAGGAAGGGGCUUCAGCAAAGACCCCGAUUUCCACGAUGACUAUGGCUCUCUUCAAAACGAAGAUUGCGGAGACGACGACUCCCAGGGCAGGCCCGAGCAGUGCCGUCUGGAAGGCUACAAUGGCCUGGAGGUCACCAACGUGUAAGGAACCGAUGCUCCACCAGACCCAACACAGAGAGACCCAGGGAUGAAGGACAGCCAGGGACUGUCGCUGUUGUACAUAGUGGUCUCGGCCUGAGGAUGCUCCUCUAGUCCCGGGAAAUCCCAGCAGACUGCUGUGACUUCGGAUGGGAACCCCGAGGAACGAGGGGGCUCCAGCCUGCCUGACUUGAGCGGGCUGUGGACUUCCGUGCUCACUGGAGGGAGACUGGCCCAGAGGGCCCGUCAGGGUGCCCAGCGCCUCUGUCAUCAAGGCUCCACCUCGGAGUGACUCAGCCACUGAGCAGUUCAAGUGGUCCCGGGAGCCUUGAACUGAGCCACCAGGAUGGAAAGAGGCACAGGGUUCCCCAAAAUACCCUCCCAGGAGGAGCAGAUGGGACUUCAGCCAGACACGCAGAGCCCAGCAGUGACAGCACCAGGAGCUAGCAAAGCUGGAGGCUGAACGGUCACCACGUGGACCCUUCUGGCCAGCCUGGUGGAGGUCUCAGCUCCAACAUACAUGCCCCCAUGACCAAUAACUUGGCUUCUGACUUGUGUCACUGCAUCUCUCUUGGGAGAAAGCAAAACGGGAAGGUCAUUCACAUCCUAAAAGCCGUGUGUCACAUCCGGGUGGACAUGUUAAAGGGCUACUUGCUCCCUCCUCCCGGGAGUGGCUGUCCUGGGUGGAGCCAGGUGACAUCCCUGCGGGGGUGGGGCUGAGCAGCGACAUUGCCAGGAAAUGCAGAUAUCUGGUCAUCAGGAUGAAGGAUAUCGUGUCGAUAGGAUCGGGGUUGACUGAGUUAGGUCCGUGACAACUGUACCAAGUGUGACAGUGGGUUUGGGACUGGGAGCAGGGAAACGCUUGUCAUUAUUAACCCAGCAAACCUUCUUGUGACGUCUGUCACCUGACACACAGGUGUGCUCGCCAGUGCCCUAAUUGAGCUGAAUCUCACAGGUCGCUAAGAUGGUGGAGAGGAUCCCCAGCCCUCUUCUUGACUCUACUACUGUUUUGCUGUGUGGCUUCUUCCCAGUGGCCUCACAUCUCUGUGCCUCAAUGUCUUCAUCUACAAUACUUCUGGUUCCCUUCCAGGGAUGUUGUGAGGAUUAACACUUGCUAAUGUCUGUAACACUUUGUAACCUCUCAGGAGACAGGUGGGAAGUUAUGGGGUCCAGGGUGGGUGUCUAAUUUCCCAUUUACAACACAGAACUGAUAUUGUACUGGUUCUCUCCACCUGUUUUUUGUUGUUGUUUUUGUUUGUUUGUUUUGGGGGCCGCACCGCACGGCAUGCGGAACUUCCCCGACCAGGGAUUGAACCUGCACCCCCUACAAUGGGAGGGCAGAAUCUUAACCACUGGACCGCCAGGGAAGUCUUCUCCAACUGUUUUGAUUGGAGCAACAUGCAAAAGGAGGGCAAGAAAUGUUUAAUGUUCAGACUCUCUAGAGCCCCCAAUAGGACUUGACUUCCCCAAAAGAGGAAAAUCCCACGUACAUAACCCUUGAAAAUGAGUUUGAUCCAUGUGUUCAGGCUUGAGUUCAUUGACCUCGAUGCUGAGGAAUGAUUAGGGAAGGGCACAUGGCAUUGGAGUUCUACUUACACUUAGGUUAGCAAAGCAAAUCAUUUGUUGGAACCACGAUGCUCUACUUCCAUUGAAGCCUUUGGCACCAACAGUCUAUAAGAGGUUUGAAUGUCCAGGACUAGAAGCCGGGUCAGCCUCCAAGAACCAUCAAAGCACGUUCUUCAACCCAAUGAAUUACUUCCCCUCAAGGAAAAGCACAACCCGAGGCCUGAUGAACUUGAGAAUUCCUCCUCCCCGAGGCCGAAGACCGUGGUUUCCUAACCUUAACACGAGCACAGCUUUUGUCACCACCGGAAACCUAAUGCCUGGUUGUGGACAGGUGGAUG